UUAAGCUGGUUGGCUGUCACGGGCUGGUUGGUCGGUUGGUUGAGGGUAGCCAUGGCUCGACUCGCUGCGCUACUGCUGUUACCGGUUCUUAUUGAAUCUGUAUUUUCCAUUUCUUUCUUUUUACCGGUCAACUCAAGAAAGUGCUUACGAGAGGAGAUCCACAAAGACGUCCUCGUCACGGGGGAGUAUGAAAUAAGCGAGCAGGCGAACACCAAAACUAAUCUGAAGAUUACAGAUUCCUCCAGCCACACGCUUUACUCCAAGGAAGAUGCAACAAAAGGAAAGUUUGCAUUCACCACAGAGGACUAUGACAUGUUUGAGGUGUGCUUUGAGAGCAAAUCUCCCAUGGGGACUGGAAGAGUGCCUGACCAGCUGGUAAAUCUGGACAUGAAGCAUGGUGUGGAGGCCAAAAACUAUGAAGAGAUUGCCAAGGUGGAGAAGCUGAAGCCUCUCGAGGUUGAGCUUAGGCGACUGGAGGACCUGUCAGAGUCCAUUGUCAAUGACUUUGCAUACAUGAAGAAGAGGGAGGAGGAGAUGCGGGACACCAAUGAGUCCACCAACACACGUGUGCUGUACUUCAGCAUAUUCUCCAUGUGCUGUCUCAUUGGACUGGCUACAUGGCAGGUCUUCUACUUGCGGCGCUUCUUCAAGGCAAAGAAGCUGAUUGAGUAGAGCAGCCCCCUAGCUCCUGACCUCAGGAGGAAGCUGCCUGCCAGUCAGCCAACACAUCCCAACAUCCACCCUCUUUGGACUAGCUUCAGCAAACAACAGCAAGUGGGGUUGAGGGGCUCAAAUUCUAGUUUUCACAGCUGUCACAGAAAGAGUAUUAAGGUCGUCCUCUGAAAAAAUUCACCUGCUUAUUUAGUGGUUUGAUACAUGAAAAGCGCUGUAGGGAGAAAUGCACUGUGAGACAUGGGAGGGGUGUGCCCAUCUCCAUGGCACUUCACAUUUCUGUCUGCACUGUUUUGAAUGUUGCAGUUUACUGAAUAGCAGCUCGUUCCUUCAAUCAGUUGAAAGGGUGAUGUUUGAUUUUGAGCUCAGUUUUGAAUGGAUGUGCCAUGAGCGAAUGUCUUUUGCCCUUCUGUUGAUGUACACAUUAUUUGCCAUGUCAAGCAAACUAGAUCCUUGGUGCCCUUUUAUCAAGUGAAGGCUGUAUGAAAAGUGGUUUGUUGUUACUUCGAUGAGAGAAUUGGCAACCACUUAACGUCUGUGUUAUGUCACCUAAUUUGCAUUCAUGUUUGGUAGCUAAAUUUAACCGUGUAUUUAGUUUGUUUUCAUAUUGUAAAUGCUACUUAGUUGCUUCUACAAGUAUAUUUUUUUGGGGGGGUUGUGAGUUGUCAGAGUAAUAUUCUCUUAGUUAUAAAUUAGGUCACUUCUAUGAGCUCUUGCACGUUCUAGUUUUGUUUUUGGAACACCUGAACAUUAAGUUUGUCACCAAUCAAAAGUAGCAAGAAACAAAAAAAAAACCUUGUGCAGCAUUGUGCUGUGUGUACAUGGCUAUGAGUAAUUUAACCACCUGACUUCUGUGAUGCAAUUCAUAUAUAUUUGUGCAAGUUUCUCCUGUCAGAGUGCAGUGGACAGAGGUUUUCACGGGAAAUGUAAAGUAGGCUAUCCAAACAUUUUCUGAAAUUUCCUUUCAGUCAUACGACCUCUUACUUUACGCACUGGUUAAUUCAGUUAUCCUUUUGUAAUUUUCAAGAUAUCACUUCCCUCGCAGAUCCAUCCAGUGUGCUUCUUUUCUUUUGAAAUACUUACGAGGCUUGGGUUACAUGAGAAUGUGGGUGGUUGCAAAUAUUCAGACAGGGAUUAAUUGAGGCAUCUGUCAUGGAUACAUUUUUAACAAUGAACAUGCGCAUUGUGCGCAAUCAGUGAUUUUUAUGUUGACUGAUAAAUUUUGUAAAUUUGUGUUGGGCUUUUAUUCAAUAAAAUAUUGGAUGGAUUUACAUUA